CAGAGAGAGUCAGAGUGGAAUAAACUCAGACGGUGAGGACACACAGACCGCAGAAUCACAGCCAUGAAUGCUGUAAAUGCUGUGCAACUGUUCAUUCUGGUUUGGACCUUUACUGCUGUCUGUCAAGCUGAUAAAAAUUUCAAUGUACGCUGUGAUGGUGUGACUGGAUCUGUAGGGAAAGAAGUACAUCUCACCUGCAGAGUCUCAGGUGUGCAAUGCUGCAUUCAAAUGUGUAAGUUUCGAUACCCUAAGAGCUAUAAAGACUCAACAAUCUGUAAAGAAGAGCCUCCUGUGAACUCCUGUGAUCAGAGAAACAGCUUCACAUGCCGCUACACUCCAAAUACAACAAUGACAGAAAAAUUCAGUUUCUUUGUGCAAACAAACUGUGGAACGGAAACAACAGAAUUCACUGUGGACAUAGCAGGGCCCACUACACCUGAAACUGUUACUGGAGCUCCUGGCGAGAAAGCGGAAGUCAAGAUCAUGAACGUAUCAGGACGAUCAGCACCAGACACAGCAGCAGGUCACGAAUCUAAGGUUUCUGUCAUCGCUGCAGUUGUGGGCUGCUUCAUCCUCAUCAUCAUCAUAAUGACAAUCAUUCACAACAAGAAACCAAACUUCACCAAACCUUGUGGAUUCCAGAAGAGGAUGUUUCUGUGCAUCAAACAUGAUGAAGACAACACCACUCCUCCGGAAGAUGUGAUAUAAUAGCACUGACUCAGC